AAUAUACAUAUAUGACACAUAAUGAGAAAUAGAGGAAAAUAAACACAUAUCUAAAUUUACAACAUCUGUCUAAAGACGAUUUUUAUGUUCCACGUUUUCGCUAAUUAGACAUCUAUCCGGGGUUUAUUUACAUAACGUCCAACAUUCUGCCAAUCACUUGGGCGUACGUCACAUUAUGUUUUUAAUAUUAACGAGCGACGCCUUCGCCGUAGUACUAUUGACAAAUUCUCCAGCCGGUCAGCGCUGUGGGAGUGAGCGCAGCCUGUUUCAGUCAGUUGUUGUGGCCGAAGAUGGCGGCGCGUGGACGUGUUCAGCUCCUUCUGCUCCUCAUGUCGCUCUCUCUCCUCUCCGUACACACUCUGAAACCACCUCCAGGCUUCGGGAACGCGCAUCCUCCUGCCGUCGCCAUGCACCAGCAGCUGAGAGCGGCGGUGCCGAAUCCCGCCGCCGCGUCCUCUGGUUCUCAGUCCAGAAGAUCCAGCGGGUGGAAGCUGGCAGAUGAACAGGCCUGCCGGGACGACGUGACCCGGCUCUGUCCCAAACACACCUGGACCAAUAACCUGUCUGUGUUGGAAUGCCUGCAGGACCGGAAGGAGGAGACGGAAAUCUCUGUGGAUUGCAACCAUCUCUUGUGGAACUACAAGUUGAAUCUCACUACAGAUCCAAAGUUCGAGUCGGUGGCUCUUGAAGUGUGUACGAGCACCAUGUUAGAGCUGAAGGAGUGUGCGGAUGAGGAAAGAGGAAAGGGCUAUCUGAUGUCCUGCCUGGUUGAUCACCGUGGCAACAUCACUGAACGCCAGUGCCAUCAAUACAUCACCAAGAUGACCAGCAUAAUCUUCAGCGACUAUCGGCUUAUUUGCGGAUUUAUGGACAAAUGUAAAGAAGACAUCAACACGCUGCAGUGCGGUAGCAUCGCUGUUGGAGAAAAAGACCUGCACCCUCAGGGCGAGGUGAUCGGGUGUCUGGAGAGAGCUCUCGUCAGGGAGGGGGAGCAGCAGGAACAGGCUCAUCCAAUCAAGAAUGAAUGUAAGAAGGCCAUCAUGCGAGUGGCCGAACUGUCGGCCGAUGACUUUCACCUUGACCGUUACCUCUACUUCUCGUGCCGAGAUGACCGCGAACGCUUCUGUGAAAACACUCAAGUGGGAGAGGGCAGAGUCUACAAAUGUCUGUUCAAUCAUAAAUUUGAGGAGGCGAUGUCUGAAAAGUGCAGAAACGCCCUGACCACUCGACAGAAGCUCAUUGCUCAGGAUUAUAAGGUCAGUUACUCCCUCGCCAAAGCCUGUAAGGCUGACCUGCGCAAAUACCGCUGUAACCCGGACAGCAGCAUGCCCCGGGCGAGAGAAGCCAGGCUAUCUUACCUUCUCCUGUGUCUAGAAUCUGCAGUUCACAGAGGUCGUACGGUGACUGGUGACUGUCAGGGUGAGAUGUUGGAUUACAGACGCAUGCUGAUGGAGGAUUUUUCUCUGAGUCCUGAGAUUGUGCUUCACUGUAGGGGAGAGAUUGAAGCCCAUUGCUCCGGACUGCACCGUAAGGGUCGGACCCUUCACUGCCUCAUGAGAGUGGCCCGUGGGGAUAAGGGCACGGUGGAUAAUCUCUGCCAGACAGCGCUCCAGACUCUGAUCCAGUCGGCAGACCCCGGUGCUGAUUAUCGUAUUGAUCGAGCUUUAAAUGAAGCCUGUGAAUCUGUGAUCCAGACAGCCUGUAAACACAUCCGCAGCGGAGACCCGAUGAUUCUGUCUUGUCUGAUGGAGCAUCUCUACACAGAGAAGAUGGUGCAGGACUGUGAGCAUCGACUUCUGGAGCUCCAGUACUUCAUAUCCAGAGAUUGGAAACUCGAUCCCAUCUUGUAUCGUAAAUGUCAGAGCGAUGCAUCCAGACUCUGUUACACACCGGCCUGGAAUGAAAGCAGCGAGCUGAUGCCUCCUGGAGCCGUUUUCUCCUGUCUGUACCGUCACGCUUACCGCACAGAAGAGCAGGGCAGGAGGCUGACGAGAGACUGUAAGGUGGAGGUUCAGAGAGUUCUUCAUCAGAGAGCUUUAGACGUCAAGCUGGAUCCUGAUCUCCAGAAACGCUGUAUGAUUGACUUGGGCAAAUGGUGCAGUGAGAAGACCGACACUGGACAGGAGCUGGAGUGUCUACAGGAUCAUCUAGAAGACCUGGUGUCCAAGUGUAGAGAUAUAGUGGGCAACCUGACCGAACUGGAGUCAGAGGACAUUCAGAUUGAAGCUCUUCUGAUCCGAGCGUGUGAACCGGUCAUUCAGAGCCACUGCCAUGAUGUAGCUGAUAAUCAGAUAGAUACAGGGAAUCUUCUGGAAUGUCUGGUGCAAAACAAACAUCAGAGAGAAAUGAAUGAAAAGUGUGCUGUGGGUGUCACUCAUUUCCAGCUGGUUCAGAUGAAAGACUUCCGCUUCUCCUACAAGUUUAAAAUGGCCUGUAAAGAGGACGUGGUAAAACUGUGUCCCAACAUUAAGAAAAAGGCAGACGUGGUCAUCUGUCUCAGUACCACAGUGAGAAACGACACGUUGCAGGACGUAAAAGAUCAACGUGUUUCUCUGAAAUGUCGUAAACAGCUGAGGGUGGAAGAGCUGGAGAUGUCCGAGGACGUUCGACUGGAGCCUGAACUGCAUGACGUCUGUAAGAAGGAUAUCAACAAAUUUUGUUCCUCUGUUGCCUAUGGAAAUGCUCAGGUCAUUGAGUGCCUCAAGGAGAACAAGAAGCAGCUUUCUCAGAUUUGUCAUCAGAAGAUCUUUAAGCUUCAAGAAACAGAAAUGAUGGACCCCGAACUGGACUAUCAGCUCAUGCGAGUGUGCAAGCAGAUGAUUAAGCGUUUUUGCACAGAGUCUGAUGCCAAGAACAUGCUGCAGUGUCUGAAACAGAAUAAGAACAGUGAACUGAUGGAUCCAAAGUGUAAACAGAUGAUUACUAAGAGACAGAUCACUCAAAACACAGACUACAGAUUGAACCCUGUGUUAAGGAAGGCUUGCAAGGCAGACAUCCCCAAGUUCUGUCAGAACAUUCUCAACAAAGCCAGUGAUGCUAACGAACUAGAAGGUCAAGUCAUAUCCUGCCUAAAACUCAAGUAUGCAGACCAGCGAUUGUCUUCAGACUGUGAAGACCAGAUCAGAGUUAUACUUCAGGAGUCUGCUCUCGACUAUCGGCUGGAUCCACAGAUGCAGGCUCACUGUGGCAAUGAAAUCACGCGGCUGUGUGCCGAAGAAGCCACGGCUCAGGAACAGACGGGUCAGGUGGAGGAAUGUUUGAAGAACAACCUCCUGAAGAUUAAACAGGAGGAGUGCAAGACGGAGGUGUUAAACAUGCUUAAAGAAAGUAAAGCGGAUAUAUUUGUGGAUCCUGUGCUGCACACUGCCUGUGCGCUGGAUUUAAAACAUCACUGCGCAGCCAUCACACCUGGAAGAGGCAGACAAAUGUCCUGUUUAAUGGAAGCUCUGCAGGACAAGCAGGUGCGUUUACAGCCCGACUGUAAGAAAAGAUUACAGGAUCGCAUAGACAUGUGGAGCUACGCGGCUAAGGUGGCACCAGCUGACGGUUUCUCAGAUUUGGCUCUCCAAGUGAUGACAUCACCCUCAAAGAAUUACAUCCUGUUCAUGAUCACGCUGUCUGUGUCCGUCCUCUUCCUCGUGGGUCUUCUGUGUGGCCGUAUCACCAAGCGUGUGACCAGAGAGCUGAAGGACAGUGACCAGAAGUCCCCAAAAAGUCUGUAGUAUGAAUCCCACCGGUCAUCUCUAGUGUGAAAAGAAAUGGUGUAUUGGUGCAUUUACUCUUGAAGUUAAUAAUACAACAGCUGUGAUGUUUAUGUGCAUCUGGUGAGGCAUCAAUGACACAAAGGUUUUUGCAUGCUUUUUUAUUCAAUAAGAGGUCUUUCUUUAUUGCCUUUAUAAGCAUUAUAUGCUGUGGAUGCAAAGGUAACCAGAUGAGUCUCAUGACAACAUGCACAGGCCACUACAUGAUUAAAAGAAGAAAAGAAAAUCUUUUGCAAUCUUUUAAGAUAUUAUGCAUUGUGGCCUUACUUUCAUAAUUCUCAUCACUGUAAUGCUCUGUAAUGUCAUUUUUUUAGUAUCAUUUAACUUUUUAGUCUUUGGUUAACGCUACUAAAUUCUUAACUUGAACUAGUUUAAACUAGCAGUACAGUAAUACUGUAAUUGUGUACCAUACUUCAUUUUAUCGAUUACAGGAAUGAGAUUUGGAAGGUGAAUGAGCUUCCCACCUUUCAGAAAAAUAGAUUUUCGUUCAGCAAAAUUUCAUUUCUUACCAGGAUGUGACCUGACAUUCAGCAUGCCACUGUAUAUUAACAGUUUGUUUAAACAGGAGCUGAAUGACUAUUUCUCUUAUCUAAUCUGUCCUACACAUCUGUUUAUCGUCUCUCUGGCAGAGAGUUGUAAAGCUGUAUAAAACCUGUUUGCCCGCUAUACUUGUAAUAACAGCAUUUGGGAAGAGAUUUGUACAUUUUAAUAUUUUCCUAGACUUGAACAAAGAGAGAUGUGGGCUUAAGAGACCUCUGAGCAUUGAUCGUAUUAAUGUGAUUGUGUAAAUUAAAGAGCUAAUGUGCAAACUACAGACCACGUCCAAGCUUUCUGGUUUAUACUUGGACGGUAAAAUUGACUGAUCGUACGAUCAUGUUUGACUAUAUAUUGUAGAUAAGGAAAUGUUGAUUUAAUUCCAGAUAUAUUUUAUGUUUUGAGGUUUUUGUUUUAUGCUUUACCUUCAUGACAACAGGUUUUUAUUUAUUGUUGGUAGAUUUUGUAUAGUUGGGUCAUCUGUCACUUACUUCUUUACCACUUUAGUCGUCCAAAUCCUCCACUAGUGUGUACGAUCAAGUGCCAUGAAAAACUGCUUAAAUGAUUGGUUAGUUGUUUUGAAUAUGCCAGAGAGUUUAGGUUUAUAAAAAAAGGGCAGUGAAAUGUUUUUCUUUGUAACAUUUGAAAUCAUCUGUUAAAACCAAAAACAAAAGGAAAACCACUAACAUCACUCGUAAAAUUCCUCACAGGACGUAGUGAUGAACAGUCAUAAGUGCAGAGCCAAAGAUGAUCCUGCUUUGUUUUAAUGACCCAACAAAUUCAUUCUGGCCCCAACCUCGACAAAAAGAUUUCAUGCAAAUUAACUUAACAUUGUAAAUUCGUAUGCCUGUAAUAUUUGAUCAGUUUUUUUUUCAUUCUGCCAUGUUAUAUUGUUAUGAUGACAAAUCAAACUUUAGUUGUUUUCUCUAAUUCUGUACAGAUUAUGAAUGAGUUUAAUAAAACUUGGAUUUCUUAACCCUU